GGUGCAGGGAAUCUGUGCAGGUAGCAUGCUUCGCGCCCAUCCUACUGCCAUGCCCAAUAGAUCCAACGGCUGCGAUCCUUCUCUUCUUCUACGUCCGUAGCUGCGGGCAACUAUAAAUCAGGCAAACCAUGGAGAGGGAGAUGAAUAGGGUUGUUGGAGCUCCAAUGGCGGACGCGCUCGAAGCAAGUGUUUCGUCUCAUCGUUUCGAGUAGCUUGAAGCAGUUGUAGCAUAUUUCUAAGCUCCUUCUUAAUGGAUAGCAUUCAUUUGUAGUAAUAGUGAUCCUGGUACAAUGAGGAAAUAUGAAGCUUCUUCUAUUUCAAGGAUCACAAAGAAUUAUGACAACAAAGUUGAUGAGUCAGAUAAAUUCAGGAAGAAAUCUGAGGAGGAACCUUCAGGAAAAUCUCCUCCUCGGUUACUGUUGGAUGGGGAAAACGACGAGUUUGGGGAAAUAGAAGAAUUGCUACUAGAAGAGGAACCAGAGGAAGCAGAAGAGGAACCAGGAGUAAGGGCUGUAGAAGAUUCAGAAGAGGAACCAGAAGAAUGGCCAGUAGAAGAAGCAGAAGAACGACCAGAAGAGUGGCAGGCAGAAGAACUGUAUACAAAACUGGAAGAUGACCCAGAGGAGGAACCAGAAGAAUGGCCAGUUGAAGAAGAAGAAGAAGAAUCAGAGGAAUGGCAGGCAGAAGAACCAUAUAAGAAACUGGAAGAUGACCCAGAGGAGGAGCCAGAAGAAUGGUCAUCAGAAGAAGCAGAAGAUGAACCAGAAGAAUGGCAGGCAGAAGAACCAUAUAAGAAACUGGGAGAUGACCCCGAGGAGGAACCAGAAGAAUGGGCCAUAGAAGAAGCAGAAGAAGAAGCAGAAGAAUGGGAGACAGAAGGACCACAUAAGAAACUGGAAGAUGACCCAGAGGAGGAACCAGAAGAAUGGGCCAUAGAAGAAGCAGAAGAAGAACCAGAAGAAUGGGAGACAGAAGGACCACAUAUGAAACUGGAAGAUGACCCAGAGGAGGAACCAGAAGAAUGGCUGGUAGAAGAAGCACAAGAAGAACCAGAAGAAUGGGAGGCAGAAGAACCAUACAAGAAACUGGAAGAUGGCCAAGGGGAGAAACCAAAAGAAUUUUCAGUAGAGGCAGAAAAGGAUCCGGAAGAUUUUGGUUUUUUGACACUUCCAGGCCACAAUUCCGAUGAGAUUAAACAGCCAAUGAACGAUCUGGGUGAGGAUCCAUCAGAAGAAUUUGCGCCGAAGUCAUCUUCUAGGAAUGACUUCAUUGAAAGUGAACAGCGGCUAAAAUCUGUUCCUAAAAAUUCUAGUGGAAAAAAGAGGUCAUUGGAUGUUACACCAGAUGAAUUAGCUAUUCCACCAGUUCAUCUGUCACUAAAGAAGCUCAGACAAGGGGACUACUCAAAAUCAAAAUCAGAUGUUGGUUCUGCUGAUGGAAAUCUCCAAAGCAAAUCUAUAGUUCCCAAGGAAGCUGUUAGCAAUGCAAAAGCUUCUGAACAAGAAGAGCAUGCAGGAAGUUCUGGAAAACGAAGGCGUCCAAAUUGGGAUACUCAGCCUGAAGAUGGUGCUAUAAGGGAAGGUGAUGUGACCGGUAAAAAAAGGAAAACAGUUGGGGAUGGUGAUGAUUCUCAAUUUAAAAUGCUUGGUCCAAUUCAGCUGCCUGACUUCAAGAAAGAGUUCGUUUAUGAAUCUAAGCUGGAAAUAGAAAUUGCAGAGUUGAAAGAAAACCUAAUUGCUAUAAACAGCUUGCUGCGAAGAUCAGAGCUUCAUGUUGACAGACCUGAGAACGAGAGAUCUCCUUCUCCUGAGCCAGUGUAUAACCACCUCGGCAUCAGAAUGAAUACGCGGGAAGUCAGGCUUCGUCAGAAACUCAUCGAAGAGCGUCAAGCUAUCAUUUCAAGCUUGAUUAAGAAGAACCCUGCAUUCAAACCUCCCUCUGAUGACAACCCCCCAAAGCUCUUUAAGAAACUCUAUAUACCAGCGAAAGAGUAUCCUGAGUAUAAUUUUAUUGGUCCUAUAAUUGGCCCGCGGGGAAACACACAAAAGAAAAUGCAAAAGGAAACUGGGGCGAAGAUUCAAGUAAGGGGUAAAGGUGCCUCAAGAACAGAGCUGGAACCCAAUAACUCUGAUGCAGAAGACUUACAUGUCUAUAUAGAGGCAGAUAACCAAAAUUCACUGGAUGCAGCAGUGGCAAUGGUUGGGAAGCUAUUAAUUCCAUUCCAUGAGGGAGUAAAUGAACACAAAUUAGCUCAACUAAAGGAGCUUGCCGAACUUAGUGGAACAGAUAGAAGCAAAAAUUUUGGAUGCAGCGAGGAAGGACAUGAACAUUAUGCCUGCCCUCGCCUGCCUUCUACAUUUAGUAACGCCAAGUCAUGCAAUACUUGUGGUAACAACAACCAUCCCACAGCCUCUUGCCACAUCAAAGUUUUGUCUCAGGAGUGCAGCGAACUGCCAGGUUCUUCCAGAUUGGACCUUGGUCCAACUCCGGUUCCACAAUGCAAACCCAACAAAGAAACCAAUGGUACCAGUCUCUACGUUGCCAAUCUUCCUCAUGGUAUGGACGAUGCGAGAUUAAAAGAGCUGUUUUCUUCAUUUGGUAAGAUCAUAUCAGUAAGAGUGAUUAAGGACCGAGUUACUGGAUUCAGCAGGGGCUAUGGCUUUGUUAAUUUUGAAAGUUCUAGUGAUGCUGCCAUGGCUGUCAUGAGAAUGCAAGGAUAUAUACUGUCUGGGAAGAUGUUGGUGGUAAGGGUUGCUGGGCGGCCACCAAUCGCAGGACCCUUUCUCGCAAACCCUGUUCAGAACCGCCCUUGGGGUGCAGCUGUUUACCCAGGUGGCCCUAGUCCUACAACUUGGUUCUGCUCAUCAGGGUCAACGUUGCUGGAACCUCAAGCCUACUUUCCUAAAGUUGCAGGAAUGGGUUUGUGUUCUUCCCCCAUCUGUUUGGGGCAUGGGGAAUUCCCUCCCAAUAUUGUGUCCUAUCCUGUGUCCAAUGUCUCAAGCCUAACUGACUUAGAUGGCACAGGCAGCUUGCAUUCAUCUUAUGCAGUACUGAACCAAAUCCCAUUUUCAUCACCCACUUCACUUGCACAUAUUCCAGGCUAUUCAUAUUGCCCUGAUUUUCAGUGUCAGACAUAUGUUGCCCCGCCAACAUUUGAACCAUCUUCAGCAUUGCAUCCCAUUCAGCCACCGGUGGAAACUUGUCCCAUGCCCAACAACUGAUCUGCAGGAACCAUCAUUGCUGAUCAGUUACUCCCAAGAGAGUGAACCAAAACCUGUUUCCUAUGCAAUCCCUGAUUUGCAGGAACCACCAUUGCAUCUCAUCCAUUCAUCGGGAGGAAGCUGUACCCUGUCCAGUCACUGAUCUUUCACUGCAGGAGCUACGUACCAUUGCAACUAGGUCGAUCAGUCACCCGAGUGUGAAAGCAGGAACAGAUUUCCAGUUUUCCAGCAACCCGUCUGCCGCAGUAGGAUGCUUAAAAGCGUGGAGUCCUAUUGUCCUUUUCGCUAAAGAAGUAUGCCUUUCUUGACCUAAUUUGUGACACUUCCUCUUGGAACUAGUUGUUAACUGUUCGUACCUCAUUUCUGACUUUUGUAGUAGCUACUUUAGCUAAAAAACAAAUAUUAAUAUGUUAGUUAUGUAGUAAUAGUUUUACA